AUGCGUUUUCCCGCCCUGCGCGUCACCAGCUUUCUCUGACUGAUGGAUCUCAGCUAGCAAUGGACGCUUACAUCAGCUGUCAGAGGCUUUGACAGAGGGGAUUUGGCUGGUUUGGGACACAGAGAGUCCAGUUGGCAGAUAUGGUGAGGCACAGCGUGAUGACAGAGCUGCAAGCCUUCCAGCACUCUUUCCAGGGUAACUCCCUGGCUGUGGGCCAAGUGGGGCAGAGCUGCAGGGGAACUGAGGAGAACGGUGUUGCUUCAGAGGACAGACAGCACCUUUCCCAAGGCCCAGCAGAAAUAGAGAAAAGCCAGCCAGUGAACAUCCCAGAUGCAGCUAAAAGAAAGAAGAAGAAAAGAACGAGAGCAACGGACAGCUCCACAGGCACUUUUGAUGAUCUCUACAAAUUGACAGACGAGGUGCUGGGUCAGGGGGCUUAUGCUAAAGUUCAAGGAUGCAUAAGUCUGCAGAAUGGACAGGAGUUUGCUGUGAAGAUCAUAGAAAAGAGCGCCGGGCACAGUCGCAGCAGAGUGUUCAGAGAAGUGGAGACUCUCUACCAGUGUCAAGGAAACAGGAACAUUUUGGAAUUAAUCCAGUUCUUUGAAGACAGCUCCUGCUUUUAUUUGGUAUUUGAAAAACUGCGUGGAGGCUCCAUUCUUACACAUAUCCAGAACCGAAAGCACUUUGAUGAGCUUGAGGCCAGUAAGGUUGUCAGGGACAUUGCCCAAGCUCUUGACUUCCUACACACAAAAGGCAUUGCCCACAGAGACCUUAAGCUAGAGAACAUCCUUUGUGAAUACACUGAUCGGGUGUCCCCAGUUAAGAUCUGCGAUUUUGACUUGGGAAGCGGAGUGAAGCUCAGCAGUGCCUGUACGCCCAUAACGACUCCAGAGCUCACCACACCGUGUGGCUCAGCAGAGUACAUGGCUCCAGAAGUAGUUGAGGUGUUCACUGAUGAGGCCUCGUUCUACGACAAGCGCUGUGACCUUUGGAGUCUCGGGGUCAUCCUCUACAUCCUGCUGAGCGGCAGCCCCCCCUUCACAGGCCACUGUGGCACCGACUGCGGCUGGGACCGCGGAGAAACCUGCAGAACCUGCCAGAGUCACCUGUUUGAGAGCAUCCAGCAGGGCAAGUAUGAAUUUCCAGAGAAGGACUGGGCUCACAUCACAGAGGGGGCCAGGGAUCUCAUAUCCAAGCUGCUGGUUCGGGACGCAACUCUGCGCCUUAGUGCUGCUCAGGUCCUCAAGCACCCAUGGGUGCAGGGGAACGCCCCAGAGAGAGGUCUUCCAACUCCUCAUGUUCUACAGAGGAACAGCAGCACCAAAGACCUGACCCAGUUUGCAGCAGAAGCCAUCGCCUUUAACCGGCAGCUAUCCCAGCACGACGAGCAGCAGGAGGAUGUCGGAGCCAUCGUUUGCUCCAUGAGGCUUUCUCCUCCUUCCAACUCCAGGCUGGCCCGCAGACGGGCACAGUCCAACGCUGUGCGCACCACGGACUUCGCACCCGCAUCGGACAACCUCGCAGCCUGAAAGGACCAGUACCAAGUCCCCCUGUCAUUGUUCUCUGAUUUUAAGCUCUCUACCUGCACCUUGUGUGUGUGUGUGUUUUGUUUUCACAGGGAGCCUUGUAGGAUCACAGUAUCAAAAGUGACUGUUCUGUUCUUGGCGUUAAGGCUCUUUCCCAUGGCCAGUAAUCUUAUCACCUAGACAGAGUUUGAGCACCAAGGGAACAGUUAAUCCUCGACUGCCACCUAAUUGAGAACAUAGUUGAAACUCCUGAGAUUUGUCCAGGAAUCGUUUUAAGCUGCCUGAGUUUGAGAAAAGGUUUGGAUUUAUUUUUACGGAUUUAUUUAUUUUCUAUUCAGUGUUGAUGACGUUUCCGAUGACCCCAGUACAGCAGAAACGACUCUUAAUGCCAGCAGUUUAUAGUAAACAUCUAAUCAGUACAUAUCAUUAUCAACACAGCAUUACAUAGGUUCAGUACAGUUUUGUAGCUGUUUCUGUCCUUAUGCAAUAUUCUCUCAUUUUAACAGAUUUUAUUUUUCUUGUUGUCCAACUGUGAAUUGGUUCAUAUUCUAUUGAAAUGCUACUUAUUGCUUCUCAG